AUGCAAGAUGUCGCCAAGGAGGUUACCAACGAUGAGGCUUUUGAGAAGGAAAAGGCAAAUCUAGAGCUUAUACAGUCUCUCAAGCACGAACACCUUAUUAAACUAAUCGCUACCUGUCAGAAGGGGCCUAUAUGCUAUUUCAUAUUUCCUUAG